GAAAAGCGCCGACCAGUCGUCAGUCGUGUAGAAGGCACGCCCUUGAACACAACCACUUUCUAACGCUGCCGUCAUUGUAUUCACUGGCUCUUGAGUUUAACAAACACUGGAUCCUCUUCCGCAGGUUUCUCUCGUCGACGCGACUGCGGAUGACGUGGUGUCGCAAAAUCAACUUCAGGACGGGAAGAACCAGACGCUUGAGGAUUGCGCAAGUGGUUACGAAGACAAAUGCGGCUUCGCUUGCUCAAUGCCGCAGCUGGGGGCGGAUAAGGAACAAUCGGCCGGCUCGUCAAUGCUCAACACUGACGAUUUUAGUACUAGCGAAACCACAAGCAACAAAGGGUUAGCCCCUUCGGUUCUUAAUUGUUGCUCUUCCGUGCAUUACCAACCGCUGAGAAACAUAAUGGAGGAAAACAUUCGCAUGCGCCAAGCCAUGAAUAGCAUGGUUUUGACUCUGAACCGGUGGAUUCAUCAAAAUAAAGAGCAAACUGAACAAGUCAAAUUGCUGGUUAACACCCUAAAAGAGUCAGAGGAGCAGAAAGAGAAAGAACAGAAAGAAUUACGUCAGAAGUUGGAGGCUAUGACAAUUCAAAUGAAAGCUCGUGAAUCAGAUUUAGCCACCGAACGACAAAACCGAUUACAGUCUGAUCGGGAAAAAGAAGUCGCCAAACAAAUGAUUCUCAAGUUGCAACAGGAGAAUUGGGGGCUAAGAAAAGCCCGUUCAAGAGCUUUGAUCUCUCGUGAUUCGAGUUAUUCCGUAAGCGGAUUUUCUAGUCAACCAUCAACCUCCAUGUUCGACUCUCCCGAUUGAAUCUCUUCGUUGAUAUAUCAAUAUUUACCAAUGCAUUGUAUAAAUAUUUUUAAAGUAUUGUAUCCUGACGCUUCCAGAUUUUACGGCGUAUUUUUAUCACAGUUUUAAGCCCAGCUGUUUUUUUUUUAGAACCGCCUAAUGUAAACACGCAUUACAAUUUUACAACUA